UGAACCAGAACAACAAGGAAGCAGCAGAAAGCGUUGGUGGAGUGUUUUAGUGUAACGUUAUUGAAUACGGUUCCCUGUUCACAGGUGUGUCUUUGUUCCUCAGCUGUCGGGCCAGCGGACGUCAUGAGACCGGCCCCAGUGUGAGAGACACCGAUAGACCGAACCGCAGCGUGUAGAGGAAGAAGAAUGGCAGACGAAGCUCCUUUCCAGUUUUUACAUAACGAAGUCAUUCAGUACAUUUACAAGUCAGCUGAGAGCGGAGAGACGGAGAAUGGACGAAAUAUCGCCAAGCUGGAGAAUAUGGGAUUCAGAGUGGGCCAAGGGCUGAUAGAGAGACUAACAAAAGACUCAGCGCGGUUCAAAGAUGAGCUGGACAUCAUGAAGUUUGUAUGCAAAGACUUCUGGACCUGCGUGUUCAAGAAGCAAAUCGACAACCUUCGAACCAACCAUCAGGGCAUCUAUGUUCUCCAGGACAACAAGUUCCGAUUACUGAGUCAGCUGUCAGCGGGGAAGCAGUACCUGGAACACGCCCCAAAGUAUCUGGCCUUCACCUGUGGUCUGGUGAGAGGAGCUCUGUCCAACCUGGGAGUGAAGAGUAUUGUGACCGCUGAGGUGUCCAUAAUGCCUGCUUGUAAAUUCCAGAUCAUGAUCCAGAAAAUGUGAUGAGGCCACACUCACUCUGCAGUGAGUCAUACAUCCUUGAGUUGCUGCCAUUAAAGGGAAAUGCCCUUCAAUGCAUCUUCAUCAGUGAGAUAAACAUCACUCUGCACUUUAGUUUGUCCUGACUUCCAACAACCAGAGCUCCAUGUUAUUUGUAUGUUAAGAGAAAGUGCUUCCCCCAAACCUCUAACAAAAGGUGUCAUGACGAGUCCACACACAGCAGUUUGAAUUGAUACACAGUACACUGUCAAUCUUUUCUAAAAUAUGAUAUCAGUGUAUUUAAUAAUAAGUUUUGGAUUUAUAAUUUGAAAAAAACAAACAUGUGUUAUGUCCUGGCUCUACUUGUUAGCUCUAGUUGGAGCUGUAGAGCCUCUCAUAAACCAAUUUGAUGUUUAAGCAAUUCAUAAAGAAAUAACAAUAAUAAAACAAAAUAACAUUAUAUAGCCAAAAAGAAUAAAUAAAAAUGACAACACGAGUCCAUGUCUACAAUUCAACGUCAAGCAAACCAACUUGGAGUUAGAGAAAGUGUGGCGACAGUCAAAGGCAGACAUUUUCAUCUUCAGGAACGCUAAAAUGGGAUUUCAUAAACAGAUGAAUACAUGAAUGAAUAAAGACAUAGCCUGUGAUCACAGCGCUCCCCACAGAGGGAACACACUGACUGUCCAGUACUGGUGAGCAACCCUGUUGAACUGUUUGUACACUGUGUAAGUUCAUUUUAUUUGUUUUUGUAAGUUGCUUGGCUUCGGGCUGAAUCAUAAUGCAAUAAAUACCUCUCUGUUGACA